AAGUCUGCUUUAACCUCACCCCAGCACUGCGCGUCUUACACACUUGCCGAUGAUAACCAGGGAGUCGUUUCCUUCUUAACUAUUUUAAUCACGCUUUUUUUUAUUCAGCACGCCGAUACACAAACUCCCCAAGAACAUGUUUCAGUUUAAGAAGUCGUUCGAGGGCGAAAAGCUUCAGCUUCAGGAACUGAACCAGAGGCUCGGGCAGUACCUGACCAGAGCCAAGCAGUUAGAGCAAGAAAACGCUCGCCUGGUCGCGGAGAUAAACACCAUCAGGCAUAACAAGUCUACAGAAUGGGACAACACACGCAUGUCCGAGCUGAGGGAGAUGAGAAGGCUGGUGGAACAGCUGUCUUUGGAAAAAUCCCGAGCGGAGAUGGAGCGAGAGAAGCUGCGCAGAGAACUUCAGCUGAUCAAGGCCAUUCGCUCCGACGAGACCACCCUUAGCAAAAGUCUCGAUGGUGAGCUGAAAGGUUGUGAAAAGCAGCUCCGCUAUGCUCUUCAGACCAACAGUGCGUUAGAGGAACGUCUGUUUCAGCUGCAGAAUGAAUGCGCGCUUUUGCAGGAUGCUCACAGGAACCAAGUCGCGCGCCUCAGGAACCAGGUUCACACCCGGGGCUUACCUGUGGUCACUCGGACCUAUAGUGGGCCGCCAGCGCUUACUACGGAAGAAGUCCAGGAUUAUGCUCUUAGCCUGUCUGAAAGCUGGAUGGAGACAUUUGAAAUGUAUAGACAGGAGGUUGAGAAGAUGGAAGAAUCUAUUAAAGCAGAUCAGGCGAGGCUCGAAGAUAUUAGAAGAGAGAAGGUGGGAUACGCUUUAGAGCUGAACAAACUGCGGGCGGAAAUGGAGAAACACAGCAAGAUACAGCUGGAGCUCGAAGAGCAUCUCAUGGGCAUGCAAGAAAAGUUUAGAAACGAUGUCAGUCAGUAUCAGAUAAUUGUUGAAGAACUGGAACAAGAGCGUAUGCUUCUGGCCAACAGCAUUUCAGAAAAGCUAAAGGAUCAUCAAGACCUCCUGCAGGUCAAAAUGGGACUUGGCAUGGAAGUGGCUGCAUACAGGGCACUGCUAGAAGGUGAAGGUAAACAUGCCCAGAUGAGGUCUGACCAGUAUUCAAGAGAGAGAAUAAUAGAUAUCAAAUUGCCAGCCCAUCCUUACACUCCAAGAGGCUCUACCAUGACAGCCAGUCGGCCAGAAGUGAGAAGGAAUUUAAUAGGGUAUGAUGUCUGGAAGAUGGAACCUAUUUCCAGUAUGAGAAGCUCCACUCUAUCCAGUCAGUUUGAUUCCCACAAAACCUCCAGGAUUUUGCCUAUCACUGUUUCAAACCGUGCCCAACAGAGUCCUGCUGCAAGAAGAGACAUGAUUUCUUUCACCAAAGCAAAACAGGCUUCAGGGACGCCAAGUGCAACCAAACCAGUUGUCUCUUCCAGUAAGACAACCAAAGAAGUGAUGGAACAGAGGGAGAGCAUCAAAGUUGUGUCCAAAAGCCCACCAAGGAGUUCACCUGAUAAUUUUCAGUCAGAAAAACAAAAAUCAUUCUCCACUGCCUCUUCAGUAGAAAUAAAAUCAGUGAGAGUUGUGGCACCACCUAUGAUGAGCCUGAACACUAAUGCAGAACCCACUCAGAAAGUUGCCGAUAAGAAAGAUGAAAGAAAAGAUGAGAGGACAGAAGCAGAUCAUGCCAAGGCAACAGUGCAAGCUGAUGCAACUCCAUUUAUCCAGCAUAAAGAAUCCAACCAAGAAGAUGAGAAAGAUUUGAAAGAUUCUGGAAAUGUGCAAUCAAAGGUAUUUGCAGGUGAGGAAAAGGUUUUGGACUCAGUAUCCAUGGAAGAAAUUAUAGAAAAGGUCAUAAAGCCUGCUGGCUUAGAUACAAAGAUCAGUUCUUCUGCUGACUCAAAGAUCACAUACCAUGUAGAGAAAGCAGAGCAACAGGAUGGAAGCACCAAGACUCAGAUAGUCCUGCAGUCAAAAGUGGAAGAGGACCUGGAUGUGUCCGAUAACUCAGCUCUUGAAGAACUUCUUAGUAAGGGAGUACAAAAAGUUUCUCUUGAGGAAAUUGAAGGAACCCCAACAGGAAAUAUGAUUCAUGAUCUUCUACGUCUUGGUCUUGAAAAUGAAAGCUUAGAAAACAAGUCAGUUAAAGUGGAGAUAAUGGAGGCACCACUGGAAUCUCAUAGUGAUAAAGUGGAGGCUGAACCUGAAGAUAUUGUAGAGUUUAAGUUCAAACCUUACUCCCAAUCUUCAUCAAUGUUCUUUCACAUUGAAGAACCCGAGAUUGAACCUCAGCCAGCUGAAGAACAUGAAAACACUGAUGAGUCUGUGAAAGCCUCAGAGUAUAGCAGGAGUGGAUUUGUGCAGGUGCAGGAAGUGUCCAAAGAUGAGAGCCUUCCAUACUAUUCUCAGGGUCAAGAUACACAAGAAUACUUUGUUUCCACCCCUGAAGACAACAUGUCUGAAUCAGAGGAGGUUGGAGGAUUUAUGUCUUAUGGACAUUAUGGAGUGGUGGAAGACCUUUCAGAUGAGCGAUACUACCAGGAAGAAGGAUUGACGGCAAGUAGGAGGUACUUUGACGAAGGGGAAAAUAACAGAGAGUCACCUGAAUAUGUCAAAAGAGACAUCACAGGAAUUCCAGAGUGUAUUAUUGAAGAGGAGGUGCAUGUUUCUCCCCAUAUACAAGAGUCCAUGCUGGAGAUAUUGAAAGAAGAAUCAUUGGACCCCAGGGAGCAGCUAAAGGGCGCACUGGAGCAGCUGGAGAGCACUGUGUCUGGAGCUCUAAAAGAAGAGCUUGUAUCUUUCACCAAAGCUGGUCAGAGUUCUGAGAACCUGUCUGUUAACUUCCAGAAGGUGCAACAAUCCCCAGACAAUGGAACAAUGACCUUUGUGGCAGAGCUUAAUAUUUCCCAGAGUCUGGAGGAUUCUGGACUGCUGCAAAAUAAGGGAGAUGACCUGUCAGCGGAACAGGUGAUGGAAGCACUGCAGUCCUCCAGCUCUGACCUUUUUCAGGCUCACAGUACUGGAGCUAGUGGUGAGUAUACCAUCAGACUCUCCACUGAAGAGGUCCAAAAAGAGGAAAUGCCAUGGAUGACCAGCCUUGAGGAAACUGAAGGUUUGUGUUCAGCCAGUGAAAUUAGUAAGACAGAGAAGGUCAUCAGGCUGGGGCCUAAUGAGAGGUCCUUCACGUUCCAAAUGGAUAUUAACAACAGUGCAUCUGUAACAGGCACAGAAGGGAUGGACUCUCAAGAUCAAAAAGGUAAUGGAGCCAAUGUGCAAGAGUUUCUACAGACCCAGAUGACUGACCCCUCAUUAAAGGUCUGCCAGGAGAAAAGAAUAGCGACUGUUUAUCUUGACAGCUUCCAGGAGGACUAACUCAUAUCCUGAUAAUCCCACCUAUAGCUGAGAUCCAAAUAAAACCUCCUAUUAUAUAAACAGGUAUGGAGAAAUGUUCAUUACUGUCAUUGUUUUAACAGUACAUAUAGAAAGCAGCACAUAUCAGUGACUUAAACAUUUUCUUUCUAUGCAAUCAAUGCAGUCAAUUUAUGAAUUUAGACUCCUUUGGCUCGGUGCCUUUUUUUUUUUUUUGCUCUGCAAGCCUCAAGGAAUUAAUCACAUUUAUUACAUGCUUUGGCUUGGAAAUGGCAUGUAAUAAAAUUUACUGAAUUUAAUAAAAGAGCAUUCAGUAUCAUUGAUAACAGAAUAUCACUGGCUCUUAUAACACUACACAAAUAAUUUUAAACGAACAUUUAUUCAAAUAUCACAUACUGCAUUCAUUGCUCAAAUCACUGCUUUGUAUUUCUAAUUCCUAAUUUUUUCCUUAAUCUACUUCCUUUAAUGUCAUUUUUUCAUUUUACAUUUAACAAACUUUCUUUUGAUCGACUGUGUGCUCUAUAGUUUAUGCACUGUGAUUUAUGUUGAUGAUGAUACUGUUUUGCUGUAACACAUUUUUAAGUUAUUGUGCUCCACAGUCAUACAUUCAAAUACAUUUUAUAUUAAUGACUCUAAGAAAUCGUAAAAACACCUUAACAAAUAUAGAGCAGGGGUGCUUGUUCCUUAUUCCCGUACCUAUUCUGGUUAGCACAAUUGUGUAUUGCUCACUAAAACUGUCAAUUCAGUGGUAAAAUAACCAAUAAUCAGAAUUGAUUGAUCUGGCUGUACCAGAGAUUUCAGACUAUCCUUCCUGUCCUUCUUAGGUCCUUUAAUCCUUAAAUAACAUUAGCACGGAAUACACGGAAGCCCCCUGCACUUCUAACAUUAGAGCCUAUCCACUGUACAGGCCUGUGUGAAAAAUCAGGCUUCUCUUUAAAAGCAACAGUGUCAGGCUAGUGGUCACUGAGGUAGUGUCUAACAGCAUGUUUGCAUAACAACUAUAUUUUGGGACCCUUACUCAUGCUUCACAUGGUGGUGAUGGAGGGAGUGAGAAGGAAGGACAGAGUAAGUGAAGCCAGGGUACCGGCUCCAGUAAUCCUCUUUGGAGUUUUCUAAUAACGUGUUUUAAAGUGUUGUUUAUGUGGGGGUAUUAAGAACAUGAACAUUGUUAUUUGCAACAAUAAAUAACUCUACUGUACUACAGUUAGUCAAUAAAUAAAUAUACCCUUCUCUGUUUCACACUAAUAA